GCUGACACCCAGAUGCAGCACCCAGGCAGGGUCUCCUUCGAGUUCAUCGAUAAGAUGCAGUUGAACGACUCUGUCUGCUACGUGAAAGCUGCUUUUCCUCUGCUGGGCAAGAUCCUGAAGCGAACGGAGUUCAAGGAGAACUCGGCCAACGCCAAGAAGAUGCAGGCGGUGCGCAAGAUGUACAAGCGCAUCGACGAGAGCGUCGACCCCUGCAUCGAGGAUGAGAACGACGAGGAGAGAGAGCUCUCGCAGCAGUGCUUCGAGGAGUUCACCACCUCCCCUUAUGAGAUGCUGGUGCUGGUGAAGCAGUUCUUCCAGGACAUCAACCAGCUCCUGCAGAACCAGGAGACCUUCAAGAAGGAUUGCAGCCAGGUCUACCGCAGGACCUGCUCGGGACCCAGGAAGGCCGAAUCCUCCCCAG